AAUCAACCCCACAAACGUCUUCGCUCUCGAAUAGCCUAGCCCAGCCCAGAACACCUCGGCCGGUUCGUGCUGCCGUGGAGCAGCAAGGCGUCGUGCGCCAUGACCCAACACCCUGUACACAAGCUCCUCGCCGUCGGGGCCCUGCUCGUAGGGAGCGUGGUUGGCGCUGAGCUCUACACCCCAAAACACGAGGCCGGGAGAUGCGCCUUCCGUGGCCAAUGCGGCUCCAAAUACUUCUUCGGAAAGGAGCUGCCUUGCGUCGACAACGGCCUCGCCGAGGAGCCCGACGACGACCUGCGCCAGCAGAUUGUGGACCUGUGCGGCGAGAAGUGGACUUCGGGACCCGUCUGCUGUAAUGCGGAUCAGGUCCGGUCCCUCUCCUCCGAACUCGGAACUCCCAAACAGAUCAUUUCCUCCUGCCCUGCAUGCAAGGAGAACUUCUUCAACCUCUUCUGCACCUUCACCUGCUCUCCCGACCAAUCCCUCUUUGUUAAUAUUACCCGUGUCCAAGAGAAGAAUGGCAAGACCCGCGUCCUCGAACUGGAUCAACUGGUCUCGGACCAAUACAGCUCCGGUUUCUACGACAGCUGCAAAGAGGUCAAGUUCGGCUCCUCCAACUCCAAGGCCAUGGACUUCAUUGGAGGCGGUGCCAAGAACUAUACCCAGCUUCUUAAGUUCUUGGGUGACGAGAAGCUCGUGGGUUCUCCCUUUCAGAUGAACUUUCCUAGAGAAUAUGACAACCCAGCAAUGUCCCCCCGGGAGAUGAAACCCAAGAAAUGCAACGACGAGGACCCGGACUACCGAUGUGCCUGUGUCGAUUGUCCGGACGUAUGCCCCGAACUUCCCGCAGUGUCGAAACCUGGAUCUUGCAAAGUGGGCGUCCUGCCUUGCCUCUCCUUUGCAUCCAUUUUCGUCUACUGUAUCCUACUCUUCUCUGCCGUGGCUGCUGUUAUCGGCCACGUCAUGUGGCGCAGGCACGCCAGGCGCCGUAACGAGCGGCUCAGGUUGCUCCAGGACGCGUCACCUAGCGACGACGAGGACGAAGGCGAUCUUGUUCUGAAUCCCGCCAUGCUGGACCAGCCGCGCCGGUAUUACAAGAUCAAUACUUGGUGCGAUGCUGCCUUUAGCCGGCUGGGUCACUUUGCCGCCCGCUUUCCGGCAAUUACUAUAUCCUCGACCUUGAUCUUCGUUGCCGUCCUCAGCGCCGGCUGGAUUCGGUUCGAUCUUGAGCGGGAGCCGGCGCGUCUCUGGGUGAGCCCGACCUCGCCUGCUGCGCAAGAAAAGGCUUUCUUCGACAGCAACUUCGGCCCCUUCUAUCGUGCCGAGAAGAUUUUCCUCGUCAACGACCAAUCUCCUGAAGGGCCGGCACCUGUGCUUAGUUACGACACCAUUCUGUGGUGGAUGGAUGUCGAGAGAAGUGUUGCCAGGUUAAAGGGUCCAAAAUUCGGCGGCACUCUCAACGACAUCUGCCUCAAGCCCACGGGCACGGCCUGUGUCGUCCAAUCCGUCACUGCCUAUUUUGGAAACGACCCUGGCCUUGUUGAUGAGAAGAAGUGGAAAGAUCGGCUCCGAAAAUGUGUCGAUUCCCCCGUUGAGUGCCGCCCGGCUUACGGCCAGCCUGUCGAGGCGAACAUGAUCCUGGGCGGCUGGACCUCUGAUCCGGCCAAUGCUACGGCCAUCACCGUCAACUGGGUGGUCAAGAACGGCGCCGAGGGCAGCCCUGAAGUGGAACGCGCCGCAGAUUGGGAGGCUGCGCUUCGCGACCGCCUCCUCGAGGUCCAGCAAGAAGCGCAGGACCGCGGUCUUCGCCUCUCUUUCUCCACCGAGAUCAGCUUGGAAGAAGAACUUAACAAGUCGACCAACACCGAUGCCAAAAUCGUGGCCAUCAGCUACGUCAUCAUGUUCCUCUACGCAUCGCUCGCCCUAGGGUCCACGACGCUGUCUCUUCGCGGACUGCUCCGGAACCCGGCCAUCGCCUUGGUCCAGUCCAAGUUCUCCCUGGGCGUGAUGGGCAUUCUCAUCGUUCUCAUGUCCAUCAGCGCCUCCGUCGGUCUCUUUUCUUGGUUCGGUUUGAAGGCUACCCUCAUCAUCGCCGAGGUUAUUCCUUUCAUUGUGCUCGCCGUCGGCGUUGACAAUAUUUUCCUCAUCGUUCACGAGUUUGAACGGGUCAACAUCAGCCAUCCUGACAUCGUCGUCGAGGAGCGAAUCGCGAAGGCGCUUGGUCGCAUGGGCCCGUCCAUUCUGCUUUCAGCUCUCACCGAGACCGCGUCCUUUACCCUCGGCGUCUUUGUCGGCAUGCCGGCCGUUCGCAAUUUUGCGGCGUAUGCCGCUGCCGCGGUUUUCAUCAACGCUAUUCUCCAGAUCACCAUGUUCGUGUCAGUUCUGGCCCUGAACCAGAUGCGCGUCGAGGACCACCGUGCCGACUGUAUACCUUGCAUCCAGGUUAAGGCUGCCCGGGUGCAUCUAACCGGAGGCAAUGUUAGUCCAGGUGCCAGGCACUACGAGGUCCCCGAGGAGAGCUGGCUCCAGCAGUUCAUUCGCAGACACUAUGCCCCUGCCAUCCUCGGCAAGAAAGCCAAGGGCGUUAUCGUGGCGGUCUUUCUCGGUCUCUUCGCCGCGGGCAUUGCGCUGAUCCCCGAGGUGAAGCUCGGCCUGGACCAGCGCGUCGCUAUCCCCGACGGCUCCUACCUCAUCCCCUACUUCAACGACCUUUACGACUACAUGGAGACCGGCCCGCCCGUCUUUUUUGUCACGAGAGAAUUCAAUGCCACCCAGCGCAAGUACCAGCGGGAGGUCUGCUCACGAUUUACGACAUGCGAGCAGAUGUCUCUCACCAACAUUCUCGAGGGCGAGCGGAAGCGCCCGGACGUCUCGUACAUAUCCUCGCCCGCGGCCAGUUGGAUCGACGACUACUUCUUGUGGCUCAAUCCGGACCUGGGAGACCAGUGCUGCGUCGAGCACGGCGAAGCUUGUUUUGCCCACCGUGAACCCCCAUGGGACAUCACACUCUCGGGCAUGCCCGAGGAUGGGGAGUUCGUCAAAUAUCUUCACAAGUUCCUAUCGUCCCCAACGACCGAGGAUUGCCCUCUGGCCGGCCAAGCAGCCUACGGAAACACUGUAGUCGUCGAUUCCGAGACGGAUACGAUCAAGGCCAGUCACUUCCGAGCCAUGCACACCCCCCUGCGAAGCCAGGACGACUUCAUCAACGCCAUGUCGUCCGCCCGACGCAUCGCAUCCAGCAUCCAGCGCGAGACGGGUGUGGAGGUUUUCCCCUACAGCGUCUUUUACGUCUUUUUCGAUCAGUAUGCCUCCAUCGUGUCCCUCACCGCGACGCUCUUGGGCUGCGCGGUGGCCAUCAUCUUUCUAGUCUCCACGGUUCUUCUCGGGUCCAUUCGUACUGCUGCCGUGGUGACGGUCACGGUCUGCAUGACAGUCAUCGAUAUCAUUGGCGCCAUGGCUGUCUUUGGCGUGUCGCUCAACGCGGUCUCGCUGGUCAACCUAAUCAUCUGCGUGGGUAUCGCUGUCGAGUUCUGCGCCCACGUCGCUCGCGCGUACACGUUCCCCUCGCGCACUGUCAUGGAGCGGGCUAAGAACAGGUUCCGCGGUCGCGACGCUCGCGCGUGGACGGCGCUGGUGAACGUCGGUGCGUCCGUCUUUUCGGGCAUCACGGUCACGAAGCUUCUGGGCGUGUGCGUGCUCGCCUUCACACGGUCUAAGAUUUUCGAGAUUUACUACUUCCGUGUCUGGCUAGCCCUCGUCGUUUUUGCGGCCACGCACGCUCUCAUUUUUCUCCCCGUCGUGCUCAGCCUUGUGGGAGGCGAAGGGUACGUGGACCCCGAAAGCGAGGGCGGAAUCGAAGAAGACCUGGCCAGCCGACGAUAUAGGGCACUCGUUCCGGAGAGCGAUACGGACUCGGAGGACGAAUCUUAGAAGGGCGAAAGGACAGACGUACAAGGGGCGAAGCAACGCCGGGCGCCCGGUCCCCGUCGGGUCUGCACUUACAAGAUGGCUCGAAACUUUUAGAAUGACGUCGAACAUGGGUUCACACCAGACAGAGAAUACGCGUGCAUGACGAAGACGGAAGACGGCAAAUUCAGGCUCAGUCGGUCCCAGCCCAGACCUUACACCCAAGCGCGGGCCGACUUUGAAGAGGAGGUCAACUGGAGCUGGUUCGAAAGGUACUAUCUCGGGCAGCCGGGCUCUUCCCAGCCGGCGCA